GCGCCUGAUUUCAACCAUUUGACGCGUCUUUCAUGCCUUUCUCAACCCACUCUGCAUGUCGGCGCUUCUCCAACAUAGCCCAACCACCGCCAAACUUGGCAGUGUACGUGCAGGCGCAAGCUACCAAAAAGCCCCGUCGCAUCCCACUUUUGAGGUCACCCACUUUUGAAGCCAGCCAUCACCGGCGCAACGAACAAUUCGCAUAAGGCCUUUGGAAAGACGUCGAGUUCGUCUGAUGCCAUAUUGAUCCUUCCAACCGGCAACAAGUACAAUCGAAAUCACCGCCGCAGGAGACGCAUCCUCUUGCAAUAAUGGCGUUGCUUCUCCAAUAUGCGGCUCCGGUGAGCUACUCGGCGCAACAGACCGGGUUCGAAAAUUUUAUCCAGGAUUUCAAAACUUCGCCAGAGCAGACCAUCACCCAAGGGCUGGGCGACAUUGCAAUUGACGAUGACGAUUUGAGCGACGACUAUGAUUUUAUGGACGAGGAUGACGAGGCGGCUCAGCGCAGACAACAGGAGAAAGCCAGGCAAAAGGGACCGCGUCAUAAGUACCGAGACCUUUUGCAGGAGCUCGCAGAUAGGAAGGUUGACGAAGUUGUCAUCGACCUAGACGAUCUGGCUUCGUUCGAGGCCGAUGUUGAUGAGGGUUUGCGCCUGGUCGAAUCAGUCGAGAAGAACACCAAACACUAUGUUGAGAUUGUGUCGAGGGCUAUCGACAAAUUGAUGCCAGAACCGAGCAGCGAGGUCAGCUUCAAGGACGAUGUUCUUGAUGUGCUUAUGGCACGCAGAGCAGAGCGCAACCGCGCUGUUGCUGAGGCCGCCGAAUCGCAAAACGACAAUUCUUUGCUGAACGACAAAUUCCCUGCCGAGCUAGUCCGUCGUUACACCCUGGUUUUCAAGCCGCGGUCUUCGACGGCUGAGAACCCACGAAAAGCCCUUGCUGUCCGACAAGUGCGUGGCGAUCAUCUCGGACAUCUUAUCACUAUUAGCGGUAUCAUCACGAGGGUAUCAGACGUCAAGCCCAUCGCACAGGUCAGCGCAUACACUUGCGACCGAUGUGGCUGUGAGAUCUUCCAGCCCGUGAACGACAAGGCCUACGCUCCCUUGACUAUCUGCCCCUCGCAAGAUUGCAAGGACAACCAGAGCAAGGGUCAACUUCACCCUUCAUCCAGGGCAUCAAAGUUCCUCCCCUUUCAGGAGGUCAAGGUCCAGGAGCUUGCCGAGCAGGUCCCUAUCGGCCAGAUCCCAAGGACACUUACCAUUCUCUGCUAUGGCUCAUUGGUUCGCAAGGUUAACCCGGGUGAUGUUGCCGACAUCUCGGGCGUCUUUUUGCCUACUCCUUAUACAGGCUUCAAGGCCAUGAAAGCCGGUCUCCUCACUGAUACCUACCUUGAGGCGCACCACAUUGUGCAGCACAAGAAGGCGUAUGCCGAAAUGACUAUCGAUCCACGGUUAGUGCGCAAGAUUGAUCAGUUCAGAGUAUCUGGACACAUCUACGAAUAUCUGGCCAAGUCCAUUGCGCCCGAAAUCUUCGGGCACCUGGACGUCAAGAAGGCACUUUUGUUGCUGCUUGUCGGUGGUGUGAGCAAGCACAUGGGUGAUGGCAUGAAGAUCCGUGGUGACAUUAACAUUUGUUUGAUGGGUGAUCCCGGUGUGGCCAAAUCUCAGCUGCUUAAAUACAUCUCCAAAGUGGCCCCUCGUGGUGUCUAUACUUCUGGUCGUGGUAGCAGUGGUGUUGGUCUCACUGCCGCUGUCAUGCGUGAUCCCGUCACAGACGAGAUGGUGCUGGAAGGUGGCGCUCUGGUCUUGGCCGACAAUGGUAUCUGCUGUAUCGAUGAGUUCGACAAGAUGGACGAGAACGACCGAACCGCCAUCCACGAAGUCAUGGAACAACAAACAAUCAGCAUCAGCAAAGCUGGUAUCUCCACCAGCCUCAACGCUCGUACCUCAAUUCUCGCUGCCGCUAACCCUGUCUACGGCCGCUACAACCCGCGCAUAUCUCCGGUCGAGAACAUCAACCUCCCUGCUGCGCUUCUCUCGCGUUUCGAUAUCCUCUUCCUUCUGUUGGAUACGCCAACCCGCGAUACCGACGCCCAGCUUGCGAAGCACGUCGCCUACGUGCACAUGAACAGCCGGCAUCCGGACUUGGCGGCCGGCGGCGACGGCGGCGUUAUCUUUACCCCACACGAGAUGCGCAGCUAUGUAGCUGAGGCUAGGACGUACCGCCCUACCGUGCCCACGUCUGUGUCAGAGUACCUAAUCAAGACCUAUGUGCGCAUGCGUGACUCGCAGCGCCGCGCUGAGAAACAGGGCAAGCAGUUCACGCACACAACGCCCCGUACACUGCUUGGUGUCGUGCGUCUUGCCCAGGCCCUUGCCCGCCUGCGCUUUGCCAGCCUUGUUAGCCAGGACGACGUCGACGAGGCCCUGCGUCUCGUUGAGGCCAGCAAGGCCAGUCUGGACGCCAGUGCGACGCCAUCGCGUCGUGGACUUAACGCCAGCAGCAGGAUUUACAACCUCGUCAAGGCUCUUGCCGACCAUGGUGCCUGCCGCGCGGACGAUGGCGAGGAGGACGAUGAGCUGGGCAUCGAGCUCAGCAUGCGCCAAGUCAGGGAACGUGUCUUGGCCAAGGGCUUCACUGAGGACCAGUGGACCACUGCUCUGGAUGAGUACACCGAGCUUGAUGUCUGGCAAACUGCUGGAAGUGGCACUCGCCUCGUCUUCAUUACGGCCAACAAUGGAGAAGAAGAUGAAGAAUGAAGAAAUAGAUGCGCGUGUUAAAUUGUUUCAUACCCCUUCCGUACUCUUGGCUCUUCUUUUUUUUCCACAUUAACAUCUUUAUUUUGCAAAAUGUCGGGUUUUGUAUGUGUCUUGGAGUUGUGGUGUUCAACUUGAUUAAAUGUUACUUUGUAUGGUGCGCAGGGUGUUUUUUGCACUUUGUCGGAGAAAGCAGAGGCGAGCAGGUAGUGAUAAUACAGGAGGAUCACGAGACAAACAAGCGUGGGACUUUCUUGGCACUAAACAAAAAACCAAUGAGAACUAUACCGAUAUUGUUCGUAAGCUCAUGAUUUAUGGAGUAUAUCAAAUAAGAUAUACAUGUUACACUGUUUAAGAUACUGCAGAGCACAACAUAAAUCAUAUACAGCAUACUGGUUUUACCAAAGCAAAAGCGAACCACUACAUUAAAGCUUACCGAG